AGUUGUUUGUUUACAUCUCGCAACGGUAGCAGCAAGAUGAUCGCCAAAAUCUUCCUCAUUUUGAAUUUAUUUUGCAGUGUUAAAGGAGCCUUAGAUGAUAAAUUUCACUCAUAUGACAUCGUAAAGACCAAGCACAUUCAUGUUCACUCUUUGUCAAAACGAAGCAUUGAGGAAAGAAGAUUCACCAAAGAGAUCAAACUUUCAGCAUUCGGCAAGAACUUUACGAUUCAUGCCAAACCUAGUCAUCUGUUCAGCUCCACAUUCAAACUACGAGCGGUGCAUGCCGAUGGAUCAAAAGAGGAAGUGUUUGGCUUCAACCAAGAGAACUUCUUUGAAGGGGUAGUUGAAAAUGAUAGAAAUUCGGAGGCAAGUUUUCACAUGGAUGACAAUACUGGCGUGUUCACGGGGGUGUUUGCCACCAAUGGCGAAGAGUUUGUGGUUGAGGUAUUCCCUCUUUUAAUUGUUAUUUUAUUUUGUUUACACCAGUUGUGA